AUGGUCUUAUCUAUCAUGGUGACUACCAAGAACCCGGCCCGGCCUGCAGAAACGCCCUACCAUCACAGAAGCUCCCAGGUUUGCCCGGUCCAGGGCGGCUCGUAUCCCUCUGGGGACGAGAACCCACAGCGCGAUCAGCGCGGUGUGCUCCAAGUGGGAGACGUCCAACUUUCACUUGCAUCACAGUCAAGACACAAGCCCCAAGGGAGAGGGGAUGGGGGGGGGGCGCAAGAUGAGAGGGCCACCUGGAUUCCUGCUCCUCAAGCAAGACCAGACGCGAAUGUACAUGCUGAUUUCUUGACUCCUUACUACAGCUCUCGAUCAUGCCCACAGCGGGCGACGAGCUCCUCCCCCCCAGACCCCAGACCCCAGACCCCAGACCCCAGACCACAAAACGAAUCACCAGCACCGAACAGCGGCGCCCAUUGCGAUCUCUGGAGAGCCCACGGGACGGGGGCUCACGACGAUGAGAUUCCAAACUACAACCACAACACAGCACAGGGUCAUCAUGGUGCUCGCGACCGCCUCGCGGCAUCCCCCACGCAAGUGACACUGGGGUUCACCUGGCGGCUUUCUCCUCCCGCUACCGUGCUCAGCUGGGAGUCAUUGUUUCCUGACAGCUUUGUCCAGGGCUCGGAGCUGGAAUCGGGGAUUCGCAGAAUGGGAAUCGCGUCUUGA